AACCAGGAGCUGGCAAGGGACAGGGAUGAGGCUGCUCCCACGCACAGUCUGAGCUGGGGAUCGGGCACCUCUGCCAGGACACGAACUGACUGUCUGGGCAGAUUUUGGAGGUCACGGUGGUGAAUUUUCCUCCAAACAGGAGAUGAUGGAGAUGAAGGGCUGUUACCUGGCGAGGGAAGAGUCAGAAGGGCUUGUCCCCACUGCAGCGAGUGGCAGGGAAAUGACACAAUGGUGUCUGUGGGGUCCCUGGAUAGGACACAGCAUCUCCACAGCCUGACUGUCCCUGUCGGCCAGCAGGUCUCGCAGCACCACAGCCAUGGCAAACAAGGGGCCAGCCUAUGGCAUGAGCAGGGAUGUGCAGUCCAAGAUCGAGAAGAAGUACGAUGAUGAGCUGGAGGACCGGCUGGUGGAGUGGAUCGUGGCGCAGUGCGGGGCCGCCGUGGGACGUCCCGAGCGGGGCCGCCUGGGCUUCCAGGUCUGGCUGAAGAACGGCAUCGUGCUCAGCAGGCUGGUGAACAGCCUCUACCCCGAUGGCUCCAAGCCCGUCAAGAUCCCCGACGCGCCGCCCACCAUGGUGUUCAAGCAGAUGGAGCAGAUUGCCCAGUUCCUGAAGGCGGCCGAGGACUACGGUGUGGUCAAGACAGACAUAUUCCAGACCGUGGACCUGUUUGAAGCCAAGGACAUGGCAGCGGUGCAGAGGACGCUGAUGGCCCUGGGGAGCCUGGCAGUCACCAAGAACGACGGAACUACCACGGGGACCCCAACUGGUUCAUGAAGUAAGUGCGGGGGU